AAAAAGCUUCACUGUGAUUGCUCAACGUUUUAGAUUCUGUCAGAGUCUCUCUCUUCUUAUUUCUCAUGUUUCUUUUAAUCUUUGAACCAAAACAUUUGUAACCGUCUCUGUUUCUUCUUUACUCUGCUCGGAGAAAAAACUUUGAAAUUUUCGCAUCUAUGGGGAAGACGACGAAUGGAACAAGAGAUUGGGCUCAGAUCUACGCAAUUUACGGGAUCGAGCAAAAACACACACUCAUCUUCCUAAUCAUCAACGCGAUUGCUUUCUCUGUUCUCUCUACCGUCUUUUUCAUCUACUUUAACCCGAUCUGCGUCUUCUUUCAAUCGUUUCUCUUCUCUAACGCCGCCGCGGCUAGAUUCUCAGCUGGAUUUUUUGGAGCUGUUACGGCGCUUUCCGCCGUGUGUUUGUUUUUCGCGGCGGCGAAUUUUUUUUACUCUGCUGUGCCGCUUAGGUAUGAGAUGGCGCAGAGGAUGGUUGGAUCUGUUGGAGAUUGGUCGAGUGUGAAGACGGCGCUUGAUUUAGGAUGUGGUCGUGGGAUUUUGCUUAAUGCGGUGGCGACGCAGCUCAAGAAAACUGGUAGUUCGGGUCGGGUCGUUGGGUUGGAUCGGUCCAUGACUACUACUCUCUCUACUCUUCGUACUGCUCACAUCGAAGGGGUGCAAGAGUACGUGACAUGCCGUGAGGGAGACGUAAGAAGGCUUCCGUUUAGUGAUAAUUACUUUGACGUUGUGGUUUCUGCCGUGUUUCUCCAUACCGUUGGGAAAGAAUAUGGUCAGAAGACGGUGGAGGCGGCCGCAGAGAGGAUGAGAGUACUUGGAGAAGCGGUGAGAGUGUUGAAACCUGGCGGAGUUGGAGUGGUGUGGGACUUAGUGCACGUGCCGGAGUAUGUGCGGCGGUUACAGGAGCUGAGGAUGGAGGAGAUUAGGGUUUCUAAGCGAGUCACUGCGUUUAUGGUUAAGAGCCAUAUGGUCUCGUUUAAGAAACCUAGUCAGCAUUUUGUGGGAUCUGGUGAAGUACGUUUAGAUUGGAGAUGUUAAAUAAGGAAUACAACUUUGUGUGAGCCUGCUGAUGUAUUUAUUAAGUAGUUGGUAAAGAGACUUGAAGAAGGUAAGCUUUUGUAACGGGCUGGUAAAGUAUUUUCUUAGAAUGUUGGCCAAAGAUUAUAAAGAAUCUGUUUUCUAGUGUUUAGUAUCCGUAUAACAGUAUUUUGUGUGAACCAAUGUGAGUUAUAAGUUUUAUUGUUUUCAAUGGAUGUGAAAUUUAUUUGUCGUUUGAAUCUUUGCAUUACUUUGUCCAGGUUAAAAGUGUGAAUGAGAAGCAACCUCGUCUGAGUAUAGUAAGUUUUAUUUACUUCUUGGCUAUAAUUUGAUUGUAUAAAUUUUAUCUUGUGAU